AUGUUCUCCCUCCUUCCAGCCUUGGUGCUAGCGGCCUCUGUGGCCCUAGCCCAGGAUACCACGUUCACGAAUCCUGUCCUGUGGCAGGACCUUGCCGAUUUGGAGGUCAUUCGCGUCAACGACACAUACUACUACACGGCUUCGACAAUGCAUUAUUCUCCGGGAGCUCCCGUGCUCAAGAGUUACAACCUUGUCGACUGGGAGUAUGUGGGACACUCGGUACCUGAACUCGUCUUUGGAGAGGAGUAUUACCUGAAUGGCAGUACCAGUGCCUAUGUAGGCGGAAUCUGGGCGUCUUCUUUGAAGUAUCGGGAAAGCAAUGGCCUGUUCUACUGGUAUGGAUGCAUCCAGUCUGGUGGAAUGAAGACCUGGAUCUUCACCGCGAGUGAUCCAGCAGGACCCUGGACUGCUCAACCGCCUAUCGACGAGUGCUUCUACGACUUGGGUGUACUUGUUGACGACGAUGAUACUAUGUAUGUCGCAUACGGGAGAUAUAAUAUCAGUAUCGCUCAACUCUCACCUGAUGGACUGCAGCCGGUCAAAAACGAGGUUGUUUGGGUCGAUCCAGCGCGGUAUUUGGAAGGAGCGAGGUUCUACCACAUUGGUUCCAGCUAUUACAUCUGGUUGACCAAGCCUGCAGAUGGCCAGCAUGUGUUAAAAGCAGAUAACCCGUGGGGUCCUUACACCAACCGCACAGUUCUCGAUAGAAUGGCGUCCCCCAUUCCGAACUCCGGAACACCUCAUCAGGGCGGCAUUGUAGAUACCGCUGAUGGUGACUGGUGGUAUAUGUCAUUCUUGGACGCGUAUCCGAGUGGCCGCAUUCCGGUUCUGGCGCCGCUGACAUGGGACGAAGAAGGCUGGCCUCACAUCGUUACAGACGAGACCGGGGGCUGGGGCAAGACUUAUCCCAUGCCUGACCAGAUGGAGAAGACGGUAAAGGCAGCUGGAGCGUAUACCGACAACUUCGAUAGCUCUGUCCUCUCAGCCGAAUGGGCUUUCAACCACAACCCAGACAACUCUGCCUGGGAGCUCGGACCGCACGGCCUCACGUUAUACACAGCAACUAUCACAGACGAUUUAUACAGAGCGAGGAACACUCUUGCCCACAGAAUCCAGGGCCCAAAGAGCAGCGGCACUUUCCGACUGAACCUCGGCAACAUGGCUGACGGCGACGUAGCUGGCGUCUCAAUCUUCCGUGACGAGUCAGCUUACAUUGGUUUGCGGAAGGAGGGCGACGCCCUAAAGCUCGUCGCGGUGCAUGAUCUUAUCUUGUCCGAGAGCUCUGGCUGGCAGACUACCUCCAAUGGCACGAUCGUAGCCACAGCCACCGAGUCUGAAGUUGACCUAUCAGGGGUUGCCGACGGUUCUGCCGACAUCUACCUACGCAUAGUCGCAGAUGUGCAUCCGACCUUUGGGGUUGAGGCAGAUAACCCGAGCCAGCUCUUGUACAGCCUCGACGGAGAGAACUUCACUCAGCUUGGACCGGACUACCCGCUCCACAACAGGUGGCAGUUUUUCCUAGCAUUCCGUUUCGCAGUUUUCAACUAUGCUACGAAGUCUCUUGGGGGUUCAGUUGUGGUAAAGGAGUUCACCCUUGAGUCUGCAAAUUAG